AUGCUUCCGUCAGACGUGAAGCACCCGUCAGGGUGGUGGUGGGAGCGGGUGAUACUAGUGGUGUGGGCGCUGGUGACGGUGGUGUUGACGCAGAGCUACGCCGGCAACCUCAUGGCUCUCCUGGGUGUGAGAUACAUCCCUCAACCAAUACAUUCUCUCCGGGAUGUCUUGGAUCACCCAAAGAUAAUAAUGAUUUGGAAACUAAACUCCUUUACCGUGGCUUUCUACCGAGAAGCCAAGUCCGGGAUAUUCACGGAGGUGGCCAAGGCAGAGAGAGAGGGGAGAGUGAUAUUCAACCUUCUCGCUCAGUACCCGGAGAGCAUCGACCGCUUGGUCAGGCCGGGAACACACGUCAUUUUCGAGACUGAGAGCAACCUCAAGAUUUUCAUGGCCGACGACUUCUCACGAACAGGACGGUGCGACUUCUACUACUCAAGGGAAGGCUUCCUCUCCACUAUAUAUGGCUUGAUCGGCCGGAAGGGUAACCCACUAGUUCCAGCUAUGAGCAAGAGACUGAUGGUAAUGUCAGAAUUUGGACUAUAUGACCACUGGCAGAAGGAGGUGGUGCCCAACUCCACCACGUGCCUCAACCUCCCAACCCGGGUCACCGUCAGCACCUCUCUCUCCAUCACCCAUCUCUGGGUGUCCAAUAUGACUCCUGUUGGCCAUGUGUCCAAUAUGACUCCUGUGGGCCGUGUGUCCAAUAUGACUCCUGUUGGCCGUGUGUCCAAUAUGACUCCUGUUGGCCGUGUGUCCAAUAUGACUCCUGUGGGUCAUGUGUCCAAUAUGACUCCUGAGGGCCAUGUGUCCAGUAUGACUCCUGUGGGUCAUGUGUUCAUUAUGACUCCUGCGGGCUAUGUGUCCAAUAUGACUCCUGUGGGUAAUGUGUCCAAUAUGACUCCUGUGGGCCACGUGUCCAAUAUGACUCCUGUGGGCCAUGUGCCCAAUAUGACUCGUGAGCGCCAUGUGUCCAAUAGAACUCCUGUGGACCAUGUGUCCAAUAUGACUCCUGUGAGCCAUGUGUCCAAUAUGACUUCUGUGGGUCAUGUGUCCAAUAUGACUCCUGUGGGCCAUGUGUCCAAUAUGACUCCUGUUGCUGUGUAUCCAAUAUAA